AUGUUUCCUUCGCAGGCGGUUAAUUUCAACAUCGAAGCCCUUAGCGGGAUCUGCGGUUCGGUUUCUAUUGCCUGCUGGGUUGUAGUUUUCUCCCCUCAAAUCAUCGAGAACUUCCGACGUGGCUCUGCAGAUGGCCUCUCUCUCAUCUUCCUCAUCAUCUGGUUGGCUGGCGAUGUGUUCAACAUCUUAGGCGCCGUCCUACAAGGCGUGCUUCCUACAAUGAUCAUCCUUGCAGUGUACUACACUCUAGCAGACAUUGUUCUGUUGGGACAGUGCUUUUACUACCGAGGAUUCAACCUCAAAGAGGAGCUAUCUCCCUCAGGCACGCCGGACCUUUUUGCAGCCAACGAUGCGGAGCGGAAUGGCGCUGAACAUCAAGCACCGGCAACAGAAAGAUCUGCCCUCAUCCCAAAGCCCAACAGCCAGGUCCAAAUUGAAGACCGAACUAUCAAUGUAACCGGGCAGCAACCCGAAGACCGCACACGUCCACUUUCCGAUGGAAGACGGCACUCGGCAACCUCUUACCAAGAUAUUUUCCACUCAUCGGUAGACGCCACCCAUCUUUCACCCGCAACGCCCUUCGUCGAACCGACAACCGAUUCCGCGCGGCGCCGUGCUCAACGUGCCCGCCGUCGCCGCAUCUCCGCCCUCCAAUCCGUCCUUUUCAACCUCACCGCCGUCGCUUUAGUCUGUGCUGCAGGUGUGAUGGGCUGGUUCGUCAGCCCGGCAGCAAAGUCAUCGGCUCCAGACCCGGAACCUCUUGCUAUGGAUGUUCUGGGUCAAGUAUUUGGCUAUUUCUGUGCAGUUUUGUAUCUUGGAUCGCGUCUGCCCCAGCUUCUCUUGAACUACCGCCGUAAAUCAACGGAUGGUGUUUCCCUUUUGUUUUUCCUCUUUGCUUGCAUCGGAAACUUGACUUACGUGCUAUCUAUCUUGGCGUACUCGCCUAUUUGCCAUGGUGGGUCUUCCGAGGAGAUCAUGGGCCACCGUCACCGUGCGCAUUGCCGUCCUGGUGAGGCGGCUGGGCUGUAUGGCCGGUAUGUAUUGGUGAACUUGUCGUGGUUGGUCGGUAGUGCUGGCACGCUGCUGCUGGAUAUGGCGAUCUUUACGCAAUUCUUCCUGUACCGUGACGACAAGGGUGAUGAGGAGGAAGAGCAAUAG